CACCAGUCGUUUUCUCUGGAUUGCCGACAGCACUGCGCAGACUCACUGGACAGCGGCCAAACGACACUGAACAUCAGCCGUGUAGCAGCGUCUGCACGCCGCACGUACAUCGUUGCCCGGCCAUCGAGCGAGCUAGGCACACAGUGAGACCACAAUUUUUUGCUUCCCGAACGCAUCCAUUUUUCAGCCGACGUGAAAGAGUGUCGAAGACCAAGCAGACAGUGUACAUUAUUAAGCGUAAAACUACAAGAGUCUGACUUUCGCAUUCGCCAACAACGACCAUUUUCCCCUGCAAAUCACCAUGGCUCCUACGGUAGCGCGCUCUACGAUUGACAUCACUCCCCUCCGCCAGGCCAAUUUGCCGAUCAUCUUUAUCUUAGGCGGGCCAGGAUCCGGUAAAGGCACUCAAUGCGCCAAGAUUGUCGAAAAAUACGGCUACACCCACCUGUCGUCGGGUGAUCUUCUGCGAGAUGAAGUUGCGUCCGGCUCGGAGAGAGGUAAACAACUGACGGAUAUUAUGCAGCGAGGAGAACUUGUACCUCUGGACGUUGUACUGGAUCUGCUCAAAGAAGCAAUGCUGUCUAAGUUGACGAGUUCUAAGGGCUUCCUUAUCGACGGCUAUCCACGCGAAGUGGCUCAAGGGAUCCAGUUCGAGACCGAAAUCAACCCAUGCGCUUUGGUCAUUUAUUUCCAAGUGAGCGAUGACGUCAUGACAGCUCGUUUGAUGAACCGCGGUUUGACAUCUGGACGCGUGGACGACAAUGAGGAGACGAUCCGCAAACGACUCGAUACCUUCCACAAGCACUCGCUGCCCGUUGUCGAACAUUACGGCACCAAAUGCCGGACGAUUUCUGCCGAAGCUCAUCCGGACGAAGUUUUCCAGAAAGUUUCCGAAGCCUUGGAAACCCUUUCGUAAACGGAUCGAAGAUGAUGACAUGCAUAUAUAGGAUUUGUUCUCAAUUAGAAUAAAGCACAUGUAAAAGAAGAUCGGUUCAGAUUGAUUUUGUUUGAUGAUUUUCUCUUUUUCGUGAUGCAGUUUUGUGUAUGAUGUGCCGGGUUGACAGCAGGAUACACGAAAUACACAGUUUGGGUUUUGGCA